AUGCAUCUCGAUCCUGCAGUAGUUUUCCUAUCUGAUAAUGGCGAGUCGUCAUUCGCUGCCGACCAAGCAUCCGACUCACCGAUACAUUUAGUGACACCCAGCUCACACUUUGAUAGUAGUAAUUGGAGCGAUCUAAACUCAAUUGGAUGGGACAUUUCUCGGCAUUUGCUCGAAAAGGUCAUGUUGGAAGGUAACGGUGAGCGUGAGAACAGAUAUUACUACCUAGUCGAGAUUAGUCGAUUAGAUUUCAAAAAGAUGGACACUGGAUAA